CGAUUCAAAUAUCGCCGAGUAGUUCCAAAUGAUUUUGGACUCUCAGUUGAAGAAAUAUUAAAAGCUGAAGACAAAGAAUUGAAUCGCUGGUGCUCUAUUAAGAAAACUUGCCAAUACCGCCAAAAGGACGAAGAAAAAUAUGACGUGCAAGCAUUUAAGAAGAAAGCCCAAAUUCCUGCCUUGAAGCAAAAGAUUUUGACCAGUGUUUAUUCAGAACCUAUAAAAGAAGAUUCAGAAACUGAUGACAAGAGUGCCCAGACUUCUACUCAGAAGAAAAAGAGGCGAAAGAAAAAGAAAUCUAAAACUGUAAAUGUUGAAAGUGAAAUGGAACCAAACAUUCAUAGUAAUGAUAAAGAGGAACAUGUUCAAGACAGUCGUCAAAAUAUUGAAAGCCUUGUGGAGUCUCCAACUUCUAAAAAGAAGAAGCAUAGCACUAAUAAUAAUGAAGAAUUUUGCACUGCAAUCAAUGAAGAAAAAGAGGAGUCAGAUUUGACUUGCAAUAAAUCAAUGUCAGAUGACAAUAAUGAAAUCACCAAUUCCAAACGAAAACGAAAAAGGUCAAAGAAAAACAAGAAUGCGGAUUCAGAAACUGUUUCUGAAACACAUUCUUUUGAUGCUCAAACAAGAAAUAGUACUAAUUCAAAUACCAAAAAAACAACUUUCAGUCAAAGUGCCCUAGAUAAUGACGAAAGCAUGGAUAUUACUUUAGAUUCUCCUAAAUCAAAACUAAAUCUUAGUACCUUAGAACAUCCCUCCAAAAGAUUCAAAAGUGAACCUGUUGAUUAUGGCGGUGUUUUUGAAAACCAAACAACUGAACCAGAUUCUGUGAAUAAAAGUAAAAAUACUGAAAACGAUGGUAAUUCAACGAAUGAAACCACUUCCAAAAAACGCAAAAAGAAGAAGAAGAAAUCUAAGAAUGCUAACAAUGUGGAAGGUCAACAAAAAGUUAAAAAACCUUUCUAUUCAUCUUAUAAAAAUCAAUCAAGGCAAGAAACCGAUAAGAGACUUUCACUGGCAGAUAGUAGAUAUGCUGCUUAUAACAUUAAUCCAAAGAAAUUUAAAAAUAAAAUUAAAUAUUCUAAGCAUAACAAAUAGUGUCUGUUUUAGCAUUAUUUUUAAUAUGUAAUUCCAAAAUUCUUUUUGUUAUUCGUUUCUUAUAAUGAAUGUUUUUCAAAAAUAAAUAACUAUUGCCAUUUACUUU